AUGUCACGAGCAUCUAUAAUGAAGGAAGCCUUUGAGCUCCUUCAAAGGGAUGGGAAAAUCCCAAAGGCUUCCAUUCCAACUGCUCUUCGGGCUGCCGGCAUGAACCCAAGUGAGGAGAAGUUAAAAGAAAUCAUGGCGACCGCCGUUGAUAUCGACAUGGCAGGAUAUGAGUCUCUUGUAACUGAACAUUACGAUAAGACGGAUACAGUGGAAGCUGUGAAGGAAGCAUUUCGCGUUUUUGACAAGGACCACAAUGGAACAGUUUCGGUGGCUGAGUUCCGCCACAUCAUGACAACUAUGGGCGAGAAAUACACGGAGGAAGAAUUUUGCGACUUGAUUCAGGGUUUCGACGCCAACGGGGUAAUACCCUACGAAAAAUUUGUGGAAAAAAUGCUUGCACCCUUUACAGAGCAUGAGAGUGCGUAG